UGGUCAGUUUGGUCGGAAUGGUCACCAUGCUCCAAGACGUGUGGAUUCGGAAUCAAAUCACGGUCCAGAGUGUGUCUAACAUACAGGUCAAGAUCAAGACUAAGACUAACUGGUUGCCAAGGAAACGUAAAUGAGGAGAGUAUCUGUAAAACUUUACAGUGCCCCCACCGUGACCUCGUGCCCAAUUGCGGAGUUCGAGCAGUACCUAUGGCUGUUGUUGGUGGAAACGAAACACGCCCUGGAAAUUGGCCAUGGCAGGUUGCGCUUAUAGACUCGUAUGGAAUCUUCUACUGUGGUGGCACACUUAUCAGCCCAAACUGGGUGCUCACAGCGGCGCAUUGCAUUGCGGGUAUUGACCAUGUGCGACUAGGCGACCACCAUCUAUAUAUUGACGAGGGCCAUGAACAAGAUGUAGCGGUGAAAUCAACGUAUGUCUACCCAGGAUAUCUACCGAUGAAUAAUUAUUACGAUAUAGCAUUGGUUGAGCUCUCAAACACGGUCACGGUAAACAGUCACGUCAACGUUGCCUGUUUACCAACAUCCGGACGUGACCCUUCAGAAGGUGAUUUGUGCUACGUGGCAGGAUGGGGAAAAACUGAUGAAGGUCAUCCCAUUGGAUCGUUUAAGCUCCGCGAAGCCGUUCUGCCAAUAGCCGCCCAGGCAGACUGUUCUCGGAUGUACGCUGGACAUGCAGACAUUACCGACGAUUUUAUAUGCGCUGGAUAUUUAGUCGGUGGGGUUGAUACGUGCGAUGGAGACAGUGGAGGUCCACUGAUGAAAGAAGACGGAGGCGUGUGGACCGUUUAUGGUGUGACUAACUUUGGAGAUGGAUGUGCACUUCCCGGAAAUUACGGGGUUUACGCACGCGUGUCCAGUUAUAUGAACUGGAUAACACAAACACUAAAUGGGACAUAA